AUGGUGUGGGCCCUAAAUGUUGGGUUGUUAUUUUUGGCGAUUGCUGGCUCGGAUGGAUGUUUCUUAUGUCCACUUCGAGAACCGCCACGGCCUCGUCCACUGGAUCAAUUCGAAUUGCCGACGCUUGGAAAGAUGCCUUCCACCGACAAGGUCCCGCCACUCUGUGACUACUCCAAAAAAUUGCCGGUCAAUGGAAGUUGCCAAGAAGCCUUCGAAAGGCUCCUAUGUUCAGCCGAAACAUUCUAUUCGGCAAUCGUCAAAGGCUGUCCUGGAAGUGAUGAUCCCGAUGCAUGCUCAAGCUGUAGCCGGGGGAAAGAUGCAAGCACUUGGGUGGUUGGAUGGUUUGACUCUUUGGGAAAGCCACCUUCCGGUAUCAGCGAUGGAAACUAUUACUGGUUGGGGGACUACGAAAUUUGUCAUGAUUUGAGAGCAAAACAAAAAUUUAUGGGUCAAUAUUGUCGAGUGGAGUUGGAGAUUCCCGAUGCAUUGGUAGAAGCCGGAUGCCAGCAGACCGAUCCGUUGGCCAUAAUUUUGGGCGUUUGUUUCCCAGCUGAAUGCAGUAAGGCAGAAUUGACAGCUGUAUCCUCAUCAUUGGUUCCCUACAAACUCACCGUGGAUUGUGAAGUCCAUACCGAAUGGUCGAUGGCCGCAAAAAUAUUUUUGACUUUAACUGGUAUCUGGGUGUUUGUAGUAUUGGUUUGUACUGCUGCUCACAUCCGGAAUCCAGAUUUGGGAUUGGUCUUUUACUGCCUCUCCCUACAGGUCAACGGAGCGAGAGCCCUCUCGACCAAACGUGACUAUCAGCUACACGCACAACAGGGUCUCGAGUUUCUUACGUAUUUGGUGCUUAUAAUCGGUAUCGUGUACAGCUAUAUGCUUCCUUAUAUCGAAAACGUCUCAUUUGCAUUUGAUGCCGUUAGCGAUGCUCGGAUGCAUUUAGUCAAUAAUUAUUCAUACCAUAUCGACGGCUUGUUGGCGCUAACAUCAUUAUUUACGACGUCGCUGUUAAUGGGUCACAUUUUGUCUUAUAAAGACAUCUUUCGAGCGGUCAUCAGAAAAUUGGCUAGAUUUAUGCCCAGCUACGCGUUUAUCAUUGCAUUUAUGGGAAUUGUUUUUGCAAAUGUUGCUUCAGGUCCACUGUGGAUUCAUGGCGACCUUGUCAAGAGAUGUGAGAGUUCGUGGUGGAAAAACCUCUUGUUGAUCAAUAAUUUCUAUGGUGUUAAGGAAACGUGUGUUGAUUUUGGGCAUGUUAUUUCACUGGAAGCACAGUGCUUUGCUGUACUGAUAGUCUUGAUUUGUUUGGCCUACCAUCGGCCAGUCAUCGCACAGGGUGUUGCCGUAACCUUGACAAUCCUCUCCAUCAUUGUCACUUUUUAUAUAAUCCUAACUAAUGCUCUUCCGCCAGCACCAAUGCUAUCUGCUGAACCGGUUGACACCUUCAAAAUCGAGUUCCUCCUUUCAAAUGUUGUGAUAGCUUUCUUGCCAAGACUAUCUGCAUAUAUGAUUGGUUUCCUCUACUAUUUCCGCUUUAACUUCAGUGAGACAGAGGAGGGUAGCAUCGAUGCAAACGGAAACGAGAAAAUCGUGCACAAGAAUCGUUGGCAAGCCUAUCUUCUGGCGGCCGCAACCUGUCUCGUCGUGUCCGGUGUUGCGUUUGGAGUGUUGGGGUAUGCAUCUACAAAUCAUGGGGCCACACUUUGGCUAGCUGCUUAUGGAUCGUUGCAUCGGCCCGCCUGGGCGUUUGCUGUUAUUUCGUUGUUAUGGCUUUGUCAAAACAAGACUUUCAGCGAAUUAAAUGCUUUCCUAUCUUGGCGUCUAUUUUCGCCGCUUUCGAAGCUUACUUAUCAGGCAUUGAUCAUUGCCGAGCCCUUGGUGCUAUAUUUCUAUUCGGCAAUGCAUAGACCAACGCACGCAACCCAUUGGAGUUCUAUUUACACAGCUGUUAGUACUGCGGCCGUUGCAUACCUUUUUGCACUCCUGAUCGAUAUUUUCCUUGCAAGACCCCUGCGAAAUCUGAUUUAUAGCCGAUCAAUUCACCGCCGAAGAUACACAAUCCCGGGCAGAACCAAUUCAUUGCGCACUGGUGUU